AUGACUUCCUCUGCAGACCCGUGUGUCGUGACCCGCCUGGAUUGUGGCCCUGAUGCUUCCUGCGUGGCAUAUGGUGAUUCUCCCUGGUGCGACUGCAACGACCCUAAUCUUUUCUUCAAGGAGGCGGACAAGACGUGCUUUGCGUCCGCGCUGCGAACGACGGUGCAGCUGAGUGGGCGCAACCAACCGAAGCAGCGCCUCACCCUCUUCACCUCAGCACCGGCAGAGCAGGUCAGCGGCACCACUAGGUGUGCCGGUGUGAGCGCCAGCAGCGGCGACACCAAGAUCACCGUCAUGUGGGAUGACCCGAAUGUGUUCGGGGCUGGCAACGGCAUGUGCAAGAGCCUGUCGUUCUACUCCGCCCUGGGCUGCAAGGGCCAGCCGCUCCUCACGAUGGCACGCCCUGCGAGGAAGGGCCGCUCCUACCCCGCCACGACACGGUGUGUGAGUGUGAUGUGA